AGCUGUCGUGUCCAUGAGGUGAAAGGUAACUACGGCAAGCUGAGGCGGUCAGAAAGAGCGGCGCUGAGUAAACAUUAGCAGGAGUUCGUUGUUUCUCCUCUGCGCCUGAACAAAUAGAGCGAAUAUUCACCCGUCAGCUGUGAGUCAUAGCAGCUCGAGAUUUGAGUGUGAUGAGAUUGAAGGAAGGCUCUGGGCAGCUCGGAUUGUGGAGCUGGCUCCUGCUCUGCUCCAGCUGUAUGUUGUCUGUGUGGGCUCAUGGAGGACAGCAUGGAGAACCAGCUGCUUCGAAUCAAGUGCCUCCACCCAUCACCCGGCUGGACAGGAAUAUGGUUCAGGAUAAAGACCACAUCAUGGAGCAUUUAGAGGGAGUGAUUGAAAAGCCCGAGUCGGACAUGACGCCUCAAGAACUGCAGCUUCACUAUUUCAAGAUGCACGACUACGACGGCAACAAUCUGCUGGAUGGCCUCGAGCUCGCCACUGCCAUUACUCAUGUCCAUAAAGAGGAAAGAGGAGAUGACAGCCAGCCAAUGAAGGAAGAGGAUCUCAUCAACCUCAUUGACGAUGUUCUCCGAGACGAUGACAAAAACAAUGAUGGCUACAUUGACUAUGCAGAGUUUGCGAGGUCUCUGGAGUAAACGACGACAGGAGAGCUGCGGCCUUACUGUGAAUGCAGAUUACCUCUGAUGUACAAAUCUCAGCACAUUCCUUCACGUGUGUGCGAUUUCACGGGCACAGUAUAUCCGUGCUUCAGUAUAACCUGUAUUAAAUGUCAUACAAUGAAGUGGUGAGGGUCAUGAUGAAGUGUCAUGAGAUGUUUUGUAUGUAUGCCAUCAGUGUAACAUGUAUUCGUUGUUGCACUCACAUCUGCAUAUGUCUUGUCAGAAUGGACCUUUAUGUAUAAACUGCCAAAUUUAUCCAACGAGCAUAAACAAGCAUAAAUUACUAUAAAUGACCCUUUCCUGCAAAGCUGAUUGUUAAAUGAAUCUAAAGUGGAGUAAUAAUUGCUGCUGUGCUGAUAAAUUAUGGCAAACGCGUGCUCUUUCUGCCUUAAAGGGAUUAUCAUUGUUACUGUCGUUACAAAAAACCCCAUUCAAAAUCAUCUGCAAUGACGAGUACUUUAUUGUUAAGCACAAAGCAUCUACCUGUCUAGAUUUGGGAUUAUCUAGAUUUACAUUUAAAUGUGCAAUAUGCCUGUUUGGACCUAUACAUCUUAAUGAAUCCCUCUGUAGCCUUAAUUUUCAUUUGCUUGACAUUAAAAACAAGUACCAGAUUAUUGGAAAUACAUUUGACGAUGUUAUGCAUUUCUGAAAACAGGAAUAGGAAUUGUAUCUUCUAAAACAUAAUGGUGCACUGAUUUUCAGCUUGCUGUUAGAGUCUGAAUGUAUGCAAAAUGUCACAUGGGUCAGUGACAUGAUGCUCAUUUUGUCUGAAUUUAUUUGUUUAUUUGGAAAUGCAUUUAAAAUGUAAUUUAUCCAUGUAGAGACUUUAAUAAACUUCUUUUUCAUGAUGUAAAAAAAAAAAAAAACUUUUUAGGGCAUAAUUUUAAAAUACUUUAAAGAGUUUUUUUUUUUAACUUUAAUAAUAUUUUGUAAUAUUACUGUUUUGUUUUUCAUUAAAUAAAUGCUGCCUUGAUGAGCAUAAGAGGCUUCUUUGAAAAACAUAAAAAAGUCUAAUGAUUCCAAACUUUAAUGUGCUUCUUUGAUCAUGAUAUAUAAAAAAAAAAAAAUAAAAUAGUGCAUAAAGCAAAAAAAAAAAAAAAACUGUCUUGAUAUCAUAAUGAAGGAAAAAUACAAAUCUUUCUUGAUAAUGGUAAAAAAUGUUUUUUUUUUCAAAACUGUAUGUAACCUACAUGACUUCAGAGAGCACAUUUCUAGCAACUUAGCACAUAUUGUUUUCAACAGAUUUUUUAAAAUACUGUCACUGACCUACUGUACAUAAAAUGGCAAGAAGAACAGCACUUGACAUAAACCGUGUAAUUGAUUUCUACCAAAGCUGUAAAUUGUUAGUGAUGACUUUGAAUGGAAAUGUAAUUCAUAUGUUCAAAGCGUCUAUUGUACAUUUCAUCUGAGAUUUGAGAAUUACAUUUUCAUAAUAGUCCUUCUAUAAAGUCUACAGUAUGUUCAAUAUAAGCUGAAUCUAGUGGUUUAAUUGUCACAGUUCAAUGUUAACAAAGGAAAUCAACAUAAAUGUGAUUAUUUUUGUCUAGUAUAGAUACAGCAAUAAUUGGGAGAAUCUGUUCUGUGUGAUUGCAACUGUAAUAAAGACAGAAAAUGUCGAUC